CACUGGGUACGGUGUAUCGCCUGGGUGGACAGUAUAGUUACUUCAACAUUAAAUGGAUUAAAAUGCCGCGGAUUCAUGUAAAUAAAGACGUCGCCUCAGUUUAAUUAAUUAACGGUUGCUAAUUUAGGCGUUAGGACAGCCGGAGCGCGCCACGGCAGGUCUAUUUUCGGCUUUUUAUCAGCAAUAUUUCAGGGAGAGGACCGACGUCCUCCUCACCACAGCAGCUGCAGAAGAGUUUGUCCCUUUUGUCCCUGUUGAACAAUGAACUGAGGACCUCCACGUCUUAACGUCACACAUCCCCGCAGCAUUCACACCUCGCUCUUGCCGUCCUGUCAGUAGAGGAAGUCGACAGCGUUGCCUCACCACACCUGGGCAGAGAAAUGUGUGUGUGCGUGUAUCCUCGGAUGCAUGACUGUGUCUGAAUGUUGUUGGACUGAAGAAAGAGGUCGUAGGCUGCACUUCCUCUCUCAUCCUCUGAGAGGCGCUUUUCCACUUGACUGACCACGACGUUUGUCUCCGCAACUGCAAAGCAUCAUGGGUAGGAAAAAGAUUCAGAUCCAACGGAUCACCGAUGAAAGGAACAAGCAGGUGACAUUCACAAAGCGAAAGUUUGGCUUGAUGAAGAAAGCGUACGAGCUGAGUGUGUUGUGUGACUGCGAGAUUGCUCUGAUCAUCUUCAAUCACGCGAACAAGCUGUUUCAGUAUGCCAGUACUGACAUGGACAAGGUCCUGCUCAAAUACACAGAGUACAACGAGCCUCACGAGAGCCGGACCAAUGCAGACAUCAUUGAGACUUUGAGAAAGAAAGGCUUCAACGGUUGUGACAGUCCAGAGCCGGAUGGUGAAGACUCCAUCGACCAGAGUCCGCUAAAUGACGAUAAGUACCGCAAGACCACGGAGGACCUGGAUGUUCUCUUCAAACGCUAUGGACAGUCGACAGCUCCGCCCCAGACGUUCUCCAUGCCAGUCACAGUCCAGGCGUCAAAUCAAAGCACACUGCAGUUCAGUAACCCUGGCAACGCACUGGUAACUACCUCCUAUGUCACAUCAUCGUCGCUCACGGAUACCCACCUCCUGUCACCACAGCAACCAGCUCUUCAGAGAAAUACGGUGUCUCCCGGGUUGCCACAGCGACCAGCCAGUGCAGGUGCCCUUCUUGGAGGCGACCUGAAUAAUUCAAACGGAGGAUGCCCAAGCCCAGUCCCUAAUGGAUACACCAGUGCCAGGGCCUCCCCAGGCCUCCUCACCGUUUCCAACGGCAACAGUCUGGGGAAAGUAGUUCCGGCCAAGUCUCCACCCCCACCUCCGAGCCCCCAGAUGGUCAACAGCCGCAAGCCAGACCUCCGAGUCAUCACCUCACAGGGCGGAAAGAGCCUCAUGCAGAUGAACGCCCAGCGGCUGGCAGCCGGAGCCCAGGUGGCACAAACCCUCACCACACCGGUGGUCUCCGUGGCCACACCGAGCCUCCUGGCACAGGGGCUGCCCUUCUCCGCCAUGCCCACAGCGUACAACACAGAGUACCAGCUGACCAGUGCAGACAUCACUGCUUUACACGCUCUGGCGUCACCUGGUGGCUUGUUGCCAACCAGUGUGUCAACAUGGCAACAGCAGCAGGCUGUUUCCCAGCAACAGCAACAGCAGCAGCAGCAGCAACAACAGCAAGCACAGCAACACCAACAACAGCAGCAGCAGCAACAACUUAAUCUUGCGUCACUCAGCAACUUGGUCAUGUGGGGCGUGGACAAACAGAGCAGCGAGCUGUCUAGCCAGGUGUCCAGUCUGGCUGCCAAUCUGAGUGUUGGCUCUCCGUCCAACCUGCUCUUGGGUAGAGAUGAGUGGUUGGGCCGGCCUGUGACUCAUAUACCUCAAGGCGCCAUGCUGACCGUCAACACAAACUCCAGCGUGAGCAUCAAGUCGGAGCCCGUAUCGCCCGGCCGGGAUCGCAGCACCCCAUGCCCUCCUCCAUCUUCCACCACGCCGUCCUCAACUUCUGGGGGAGCCAUCCUGACCGCACCGCCGCAGUACCCCGGCUCCCUGCUGUGCCUGGAGCCCCCGACUGGCCGCUCGCCUGCAGACAGCGUCAGCAGCAACGCCAGUUCCUUUGAAGGCAGCGAUCGUGAUGAUGCCACCGCAGCUGGCGGUGGAGGCGCAGGUGGAGGCGGCAGCGGUGGUGGCAGCGCAGCUGGUGCUACAGGUAGCGUAGGUCCCGGCAGCCGCCCUGACUUCAGCCCCUCGGCGGAGCUCCUCAGGGCAUCGAACGAACCGGAGCAAGAGGGAGGUAACAUCAAGCGCAUGAGAUUGGACGCCUGGGUCACAUAAAGUCACCCGCCACGCCUCUCUGCACCCAAGGUGAAGUUUAGGUGAUCCCAACACACACUCGCACUCAUCCUUAAACCCCCCACUGCCCCGACCCCACUGCCAUGUGACACUAUCAUCACACAUCUGCCUCUGUCCAAAAUUAUACAACUCAGCUGCAGACUUAUGAGGCUUUGCCAAAAAAACAUUUAAAAAAUAUUAAUAAAAAUCCUUCGGGGAUCACACUCUGAGUGAGGAGAGGAUGACUCAGCUGGAUAUUUUAUCCGACAAAUAGAGGGACAGUAGAUUUUUAAAGCCUUCUUGCUUGAAUGGACUCCCGUAUAGUAAUUACUUUUGGUAGAAAUGAGGUGUUGAACCUUUUUUGCAAUCUGACAAAACCAUAAAAACAUUUAAAUGGUUUCACCGUCAUGUAUUUACAUUGAGCUCUGCUACAUUGUUCACGAUAUGAUUGGUGGCUUGUCGACAUUAUGGGACUUGUAUGACUCACCACUUCCUGCUCUUUGAACGCCGCUUGGAUCGUGUGCUGUCCAUUCUUCCAUAAAUCACUUCCAAACUGCACUUUUGGAUAGAACUUAAUCUGGACGAGUUUUAGGACUGAGCAUCUAUCUGGCACUGAGCAAACAGACUCAAACAGGGUCCUUUAGGUAAAAUACUUCACCGUGAAUUUCGCUGCCACAUUUUCCAACCUCAUACACCCAGGCAGGCCCCUCAGGUGGAGCUCAGCACUUUGCCAGAGUGCCAACCUCUCUGCAACAACAACAAAAACAUGCCAAAUGCCUCUUGCACACGGUGCAGGGACACUGAUGAAUUAGCACUCGCACUGUCACGAGAACUAAAACUGUCCAUUUUCAGGCUUUGAAUUGGCCGUCACUCUCUCCUCAGACGGGGUCGCUCCUCCCGUCCUCUCACCUCAUCUCCUCUGGAUGGAAAUUGUUGCACCAGAAAUCCAGCCAGCCACUCAGCUUAUUACCAGGAGUAGAUGCCAUCCAGUUAAAUGCAUAGUAUGAGUUUUAUGAGCCUCUCUGGUGGCUUUUUUGGGGGGUAGGGAAAGUAUUUGGUUCUUUGAGUCCAAGUGUUCUUUAUCUGUUGGUAUUUAAAAAAAGAAAAAAAACUGUUUUGAAGGUCCGUUAGUUGUCCAGAAGUAGGAAUUCUGACUUUGUAUAAAAAUCACUCCUUAUACAAAAGCUUUGAUGUCCUCUUUAGCUCUCUCUAGCUCUCCUUAGCUCCUUGCCGUGUUUCAAAAAGUGAAAGGAAAAAGACAUUUUCUAUAUUUCUACCGCUUCAGUUGGCGACAAAGUAAAAUAGCUUUUCAGCUUCAACGACGUGUAUGUACAUAUGACUAUAUUUGCAUAGACUUUGCUAGGUAUCCCUAAAAACAAGCAAUGUGUUGAUUCUCAGUGGAUCUGUUUGCAUAUAUGAGUGUGAAUUUGAUAUGUUUCGAGCUAAGGUGCAGGGGUUACGCCACACUAGGUAGUGUUGGCGGAUCGGACUUGUUUCAGUAAACCUAUUUUAUGCUAGUGUUGAUGGUGUGUGCACUUUCUGUCUCACUCACAGAGGCCUGCUUGGUUGUGGUGUCAUCAUAUUCUCUUACCACACACAUUAAAAAAAAAGAAAAAAAAAAAAACACGAUCAAAGUGAAAUUGUCCAUAACCACCUGAACAUGAUUAGGACACUGCCAUUCACGUAUAGUGUAGUUAAGAGUUAAGACGCACUUCUUUGACGCAUAUUUUGAUUGACAGAAUAUUUUCCACGUUAAGCAGACACAGAUUAUGCCUUUUUCCACUUUAGAAUUAAGUCAAGAAAUUGGCUACCAAGUGCUGUGUUGGUUGUUUAAUUGUAUGUUUUCUAGUACAAAUUUGUUUAGUCUGAACCAUUUCAAAUUGUGUGUAUGAGUAUGUGUACACAGGUAGUUUAUAGCCCACAAAUAGAAAGUUUUUCAAGAUAGCCUAACUUUUUUUUUUUUUUACCUUAAGACGAUGCUCAAAGUGCAGACUGGUGUGUCAGCUGUUGACUGUUUAUUAUCUACUUAAACUAAUCUACACUUAAACUCAGUGUAGGCAAAGUGGACAAGACGGUUUUUAUGAAUUGGUUCCAUUUUUGGUGUGAUUAGUCGCAACCCACUGCAGAGUGUGAAACCAGCGUUUGUCACCAACAUUGUGGGUUUGUGAAGAGUGUCCGGAAAAAACAUCAUCGUGGUGUGUGAAAGUUUCAUGCCAGUGUUGUUGUUUGUUUUCCUUGAUCAGGUCAUUUUUUCCGUCCCUCGACAGUGUGGUGGGCAGAUUUUCACUCUGAUGAUUUCAGGUUAUUACUGUUGUCUUCUUUCAGUCAUAAAUUCUACAGCCAACACUUUCAAUUAACUCAUGUUGGAGAAAAUUGUGUGAAAGGACUAGUUAAAAAUUUUGGGAAAUUCGCUUUUGUCGCUUUCUUAAAGAGAGUCAGAUGAGAAGCUCGAUAGUUGCAUUUGUGCAGUAAAUCUGCAGUGAAUCGGGCAAACAGCUGGCCUGGCUCUGUGCAAAGCUAACAAAACUCGCCGUCCACCACCACUGAAGCUCGGUCAAAUGCUGCAUUCAGGAAAUGUUAAGACUGUUAUAAAUGAAUAAUUUUAAUUCAGAAUUUUACCUUAUUUUUCAGAAAAUCUGCAAAAAAAAUUGAAAAACAGCCUGACAGAGCCAUGCUUGUUGUUUGCCCCUUUUUCUGGUCUUUAUGCGAAGCUUCUCAUCUAAGGGGCUGUACAUAUGCAGCGUUUUUUUGCGCCCACAAAUCCACUAUUUUUGAUAAAGAUCCGUGGCAGGCGCUCAAAGGCAGAGUGAGGCGUAAGUAUUCCCGAGCGCCUAUUUUUCAGGACGCAAGUGCUGCAUCCUGAGUCCAUUUUUUUCAAAUGUUUUUUCUUGAUCCGUCAUCCAAAAAAAAAAAAAAAAAAAUCCACUGAGUCCGAUGCAUUUAUUGUUCUAUUCAUUGUGAAUUUUGCGAUACGACCCAAAAUUUAAAGAGACAUUUGCACACUUGCACGUCUCCCUUGGAAGUGACUCUGUCAGCGCUCUACAUGUAUCUUGUAUUUGACGCAGCUGCUGCGUGAAGGGGAGUGAGACGUCUUCCUCUCUUUCUGCAAACUUUUGCUCUUUUUAUGUGCGUGUGCGGUCCACAUCCUCCCCCUCUUCAUCAUCAUUCGCUUGAAUAUUACUCUCUGACCUGCUGUAAGUGAGCUAUCUCAGUUAUGAAAGAGUACUCGCGGAUGUGUCGCACCGCCACAUUUUCUUGAUUCUUGGUAAAACAACUCUUUCUAGGCUUUUGACGGAUGUGAAAAACCGGAAAUUGAACCUGUUCCGAAAACUUGAUUGACAGACAAAAGUUUUGGACUCGGUGUGAAACCAUGAUUGACAUGACGUGAGGUCUUAGACAUGCAACAAUGUCGGAUGAAAAAAAUGGAUUAAUUGUGCAAAGACUUUGAGAGUUGAACUUUAGGAAAGCAGAAGUGUUAACUACACGUCAGGUGACGGGAAACAACCAAUCAUAGCCAGCACAUAUCUUCCCUUUCUUCCGUAAAUAUAGAGUAGAAGUUGAUGAUUUUAGUGCUACCAAAAGCUUGUCAUCUGUCCCAUGAAAAAUACUUUAGGCCUAAUACACACUUAGAAAAACUACACUUCGUACAUGUUAAAUUACAAAAUGUUCUGCACCGUUUUGUUACAGUUUCGGGAUUGACUGACGUGUUUCCUAAAAGCUGUUCACAGCGGUGUAAAACAGACUUUGAGGAAUGUUUUGUCCUGUUUGGGUUAGACCUCUCACACACACACACACACACACACACACACACACACACACACACACACCAAUCGGCAACGACAGUUAUGUAAAUAAAUGCCUAGUAGACCUUUCCUUAUUAUACUUAUAUGUUUACAUUUCAAACAAAACAUGUGUUUCCACCACAGUAUUAAAAAGUCACUGCAUCUGCGUAACAGAACAGGACGUUUAACGCACCACCAUUUCUGUUUAGAAAUUUUGCUAAAUUUUAGCAAAACACAUUUAAGGCUAUGAUACGAUGCUGGUUAUGGUUGCUUAGCGACCUCAGACACAACCUGCCUUUGUGCUCUUGAAAGUUGGCACAGAGAAGGACAAGGGUAGCACCCAGCGUCCAACCUUGUGCUUUCCAGACGGUUAAAAAAGCGACAUGUAUCCCGACCCUUACUUUCUUUAAGAAAGCGCAUUUUCCAAAUGUCAAACUUUUCAUUUAAAGAUCCAACUGAUGAGAGUUACCAGCCCUCAGGCAAAGCUAAUGAGUCAUUUGCAUUUUUACAAAAACGUAUUUCCAUGGAAACUCUUUGUGUUUGUGGGCGCUGAUGGUUGACUGAAAUGUGACACCACACCGAUUGGCUUCCUGCCUCGUGCAGGUUUGUUCAUGUACAAAAAGGUUCUCUGUCCAAUCUAGCAGUGUAGUCACAAGACAAUCUAUAUGAGAAAUGAAAACCUGCACCCCUGUUACUUGUUGUGUACAAUGUUUUUUAGAAUCUCACUAUUUUUGGAUUAAUUUGUGCUGGUGACAGUUCCAUUGUCUAUUAUUAUAAUGAUAUUAUUAUGGAGCUUUUAUUUUAUUGCUAUUUUUGUGUAGGAUAGUUUUUAUUUUCUUUCUUAUUUUAUCUUCCUUAUCAUAAACAUAUAGUACUGGUUUCCUUUUUUUAAAACAACUUGCUGAAAAUUGCACGAUCAGUUAUUGUGGUAUUAGCAAAUGCAAUGAAGGAAAUACCAGUUAAAUGCUGCAAUUUUAAUUAAGAUAUAGAAUAUAUUUAUAAAAAUGGGAAACAACUGAAAUUAGUAAUUCAUGAAAUUUGAAAAAAAAAAAAGUAAAUGCAUGGGAUACAGGUAACAACAAAACUUAUGUUACGUACAGUAAUGAUAAAGGACAUGCAUCACAAAUGAGUUUUUAAACAACUCAGAAUAAUGUAGCAUAUGAAAUACUAAAGAUGAAAUUUAUAGCUAAUAUAUUGUGUUGAGCUAGUCUGCUUUGGGUUUUGUUGUAAAGAAAAUAUUUCUUUUUGUUGGUUUCUUUUUUUGAGAAUGAUAUACAAUUUGUGUAUAUUUUCAUAUACAAAGUAUGCACUGAUAUGUUAUUGAAAUUCUAUACCGCUUUUACAAAAAAGUGUUUGUUGUACCAAAGUAUCCAAGUCCCUUGAAACCUUACCCUUUUUGCGUAUGUUUUACCGUAUUUUAUAUAUUAAAUAGACAAACUGAGUGAAA